AAACAGCUGUAGUCGAAAUUUAGUUCUCAACACACUAGUACAUUCACACACACUUCAGUGUUCAGUAAAAUAUUUUGUAAUUAUUUCGGUUUGUAAUUGUGGUGUUGCUUAGCUUUGCAGAAUGAGCAGGGAAAUCAGUUUGGCCGAAGUGAAAAAGCACAACAAAGCCAAUGAUUUGUGGGUGGUGAUUGAGGACAAGGUGUACGAUUUGACCAAGUUCAAGCAGGAGCAUCCUGGCGGCGAGGAUUCGCUGAUAUCUGUGGCGGGUCGCAAUGGCACACGGGAAUUUCUGGAUGUGGGCCACAGCCAGGAGGCCCGGGAGAUAAUGAAGAAAUUUCUGAUUGGCAAUUUGGCAGCCGCCGACAUUAAGAAAAAAGGGGCCGUGGGACCUUCAACUCAGUUGACAAGCAUGAGCCUGAGCUUGAGCCUGAGCAUGAGCAUGAAAUUUCAGCUGACUUCAGUAUGAGAAAUCAGCGCAUCAUUAUCAUCAUUGAUUGGCUGCGUCAUCUAAUUAGCACGUUCCAUAAGGCCUGCAGAUCGGAAUCGAUUUCCACUUCAUUCACUGACGCAUCCAAUAAGAAUUUCGCAUGUUUGCAAGUUGGCUUACAGCUUACAUUUGCUGUCCAAUAAGCAGGAUCAAAAUGAAUAGGAAUAGGAGUCGGACAAUUGAAGCUGGCUGGUAUUUUGCAUCCAUUAAAAAUAGCCUGAAGAUGUAACUACCACUGCUUACAUAUCAUUUAACCUGAUGACCAAAUAGGACUACAGCUGAAGUCAAGGAAUUCAGUUUGCACUUUCAUUCAAAAUAUCGACUUACAGCUAUUUGCAUUAAUUCCUCAACUAACAGGAUUUGUCUAAUUGGAUAUGCAUUUGUAUAUAUGUAUGUGUAUAUAUAUUAUUUUUUCAAGCUUCAAAUCGUUCGCCAGCACUAAAGUUAAAUUCUACAAAAGCUAAGCGACACCACAAAAUCAAUAAAAAGAAAAAAUGUAAAAAAAAAAAAGAAAAGACUGAGAUGUGAGUUUCAAAA